GAAGAUUUGUCAGUUUCGUAUCCAGGACAAUAGGUUUCUGUAUAGAGGAGAGAUUAAAUAACUUCCCCUAUGGCAGGUUUCAUUCUCCUGCUUCUGGCCUGCGCCGUAUCAGAUGUUACUGCAUCAAGAAUCAUUGGCGGGAUAAUUGUACAACCUUAUACAUGUAAAUACCAGGGCGCAUUACUGGCCAUUGUACCAGGACUAAGCGAGCCUAAACCUUAUUGUGGAUGUACUCUGAUCGCUCAACAAUGGGCGGUGUCUGCUGCCCACUGCUGGAGACCGACCAGUGCAAUGAUGUUGGUUUUUGGCGAACACAAUUUAUUCAUCGACGAGGGAUAUGAGCAAUAUUUUAAUGUUUCAGGAAUUUACGUGCACAAUUUCAACUACAGAACGUAUAACAAUGAUAUCAUGCUGAUAAAGCUGAGUAAGCCAGCCACAAUCAACGCAUAUGUGGAGCCGGCCCGCCUGCCCGGCCCCACUAACCCCCUUGAGUAUAUGGACACGUGUACGGUGAGCGGCUGGGGCGUUACUUCACUGUACAACCCAACACCCUCUGAUGAACUGAGGGCGGUGGAUGUCCACCUCUACACCGACUGCCAAUACUACUACUGGGGCAGAGUCAACAGUAACAUGCUCUGUGCUGGGUAUCGCUAUGGAGGGAAGGACGCAUGCAAGGGAGACUCCGGAGGACCUCUGAUGUGUAAUGGAUACCUGGAGGGAAUUGUGUCCUGGGGCAUCAGCUGUGCAAACCCGUAUUUCCCUGGAGUCUACACAAAAAUAAGAAACUAUGUCAACUGGAUCUACUGGGUGAUGGCAAAUGACUCAUAA